CUGCGAAUCCAUCAAUUGCAUCAACGCCAGACAUUGCCACUCUCAUUUGCUGUACUUGUAUCAAUAGAACCUGUCAUCUGCGCGAGCAUCGUCAUCGCUGAGUUCUUGGCGUGGUACCUCCACUCAAAGCAGCCGCCGCAGGCGUUGUCAUCACGCUUUAGUGAACGAAACAAGUUCAACCGGCAUUCCGUCGUCAAGGCACAUAGCACUUUGCUAGUCGACUUCGCAGGCCCAGCAAGCCUGCAGCUCCCACCCUUCGGCCCCCUCCAAGAAAAAUUCCUCCGCAUAAACCAACACCAUGCAUGGCCUGCCCCACCUCCGAACGGCCUUGAGCUCAGUGCCCCGCAUCGCAGCUCUUCCAAAAACUUCGGCGGCCACUUUCAAUGUUAGACACUUUUCUGCCUCAUUGCCAGCCAUGGUGAAGAAAGCAUGGUUCGAUGUCCAGUGGAUGGGCCCCGUCGUCGAAGUCGACGAGAAGGGCAACGUCACCAAAACGGGGCCGGCAAAGCAACAAAGCGGACGGAUAAACUUCGAGCUUUAUGACGAUGUUGUGCCCAAGACGGUCGAGAACUUCCGCGCGCUCUGCGAGUCCAAAGAUCCGAAGAUGGGAUACACAGGUUCCAAGUUCCAUCGCGUGAUACCGAACUUCAUGCUUCAAGGCGGUGACUUCACCCGUGGCAACGGCACCGGUGGUAAAUCCAUCUAUGGAGACAAGUUUGCUGACGAGAACUUCAAACUAAAGCACAACAAACCCUUCUUGUUGUCCAUGGCAAACGCUGGGCCGAACACGAACGGCUCGCAAUUCUUUAUAACAACCGUUGUCACCUCAUGGCUGGACGGCAAGCACGUCGUUUUUGGCGGCGUGCCCGAGGGCGACGUCGAGUCCUACAAAACGGUAAGGGGAAUUGAGGCCGUCGGAUCGAACAGCGGCCGAACAGAGAGCACAGUGACCAUCACAAGCUGCGGGGCGGACCCCAAAUGAAAUGCUGCGUGAACGCGACACUACGAAGACACAUGUACUGUAAUCCUUCAAUGCUGUAGUAUACAAAGUCAAGAUCAAGCGUUACAGGACAAUGGCAGCGUACUCUCCAAUAUUUAUCAACAUAGUGCCAACUGUAUCAUGAGCACAAUGGAAAUAGAUCAGGUCUUUCUCCA